AUGGAAUCUAUAGAAUUGUGAUCAAUCAAAUACUACAAAGCCCUGGCAUUUAUUAUCGGUCAGAAUUGGACCAUAACGGAAUUUUGGUUUACACCGGCACAAUAAUAUCAGAUUGGGGAGGAAGAUUAGAAUUAGAAAUUGAUAGAAAAGCAAGAAUAUGGGCUCGUGUGAGUAGGAAAAAAAAAAUAUCGAUUUUAGUGCUAUCAUCAGCUAUGGGAUUAGAUCUAAGAGAAGUUAUAGAUAAUGCCUGUUAUCCUGAAAUUUUUUUAUCUUUUCUGAGUGAUAAGGAUACAAAAAAAAUUGGUUCAAAAGAAAACGCGAUUUUGGAGUUUUAUAAAAAAAUUCGCUUGCGUAGGCGGUGAUCCGUUAGGGUAUGAAUACUUAUGUAAGGAAUUACAAAAAAAAAUUUUUUCACCAAAGAUGUGAAUUAGGACGGCUUGGUCGACGAAAUAUGAACCGAAGACUUAAUCUUGAUAUACCCCAGAAUAAUACUUUUUUGGUACCACGAGAUAUAUUAGCAGCCGCCGAUCAUUUGAUUGGACUCAAAUUUGGAAUGGGUACACUUGAUGAUAUGAAUCAUUUGCAAAAUAAACGUAUUCGGUCUGUAGCGGAUCUUUUACAAGAUCAAUUCGGAUUAGCUCUCGUUCGUUUCGAAAAUGUCGUUAAAACCACUAUAUGUGAAGCAAUUCGUCAUAAAUUAAUACCCACUCCUCAGAAUUUGGUAACUUCAACUCCCUUAACAACUACGUAUGAAUCUUUUUUCGGGUUACACCCAUUAUCUCAAGUUUUAGAUCAAAC